CUGUACAAUACACUGCAGUGAUCUAAACGUCGUUUAUCAAUACGUACGUGUGUCAUUAAUAAAUUGAAAAUGUUAAAAAAUAAUUUGUACGUAUAUUCCGAAGACGAAGUUUGGGUGCCGGCGAAUUUGAAUUUCGGUGAAUAUUUCUUGAGAAGAGCGUAUCAGUUUAAAGAUAAACCCGCCUUUAUAAACGCAGCCACUCACGAGGUUUACACUUUUGGCGAACUGCUACAAGACUCUAUGAAUGUCGCCGUCUCACUCACACAUAUAGGCGUGAGAAAGGGAAACGUGGUAGCUAUAUGCACGGAAAGCAGAAAGGAGUUUUGGAGUGCUGUGAUCGGCACCGUUUGUACUGGGGCUGUGUUGUCACCUGUAAAUCCUGGAUAUACUGCUGGUGAAUUGAAACACAUUUUGGGCAUAGCGGAGCCAAAUUACGUUUUUUGUUCGCCGUCAUUUUACGAGAAACAGGAGAAAACACUUCGAUCGCUCACCUUUUUGAAGAAGAUCAUCGUGUUCGGUGACAAAUGUCCCAGUGACGUGCUGCUUUACAGGGAUCUAGUGUUACCGAUUAGUGGUGACGCAAAAUCGGGCAUUAUAGUCACUAAUCGAUUGACGAGGGACGUCCGAUAUGAGGAGUUCACAGUGGCCGACGUGUGUGGUGGGAGCGACGCACUGUUCAUACUGUAUUCAUCAGGAACAACUGGACUGCCGAAGGGAGUCAUGCUGACGCAUUUGAAUGUCCUCACUUCAUGUAGUUUACCUAGCGCCGUAGAUCCUAAUACAAUGGGACUAAUUAUUACACCCUGGUACCACACGAUGGGCUUGGUGGGCACAUUUAACUCGCUUGUUUUGGGAAGAUCUCUCGUGUACUUGUCUAAGUUCGAGCUGGAUCUUUAUUUACGUACAAUUGAAAGGUAUAAGAUUUCUCAUUUGAAUAUAGUGCCGCCAGUAUUGGUGGCGGCGUGCAAGUCCGAAGCGCAAUACGACCUGAGUUCGGUGCAACUCAUUUACUCCGGUGGUGCUCCAUUGCAGAACGACACUUUGAGUAUUGUGAAAACUAAGUUUCCAAAUAUAAUUGCAGUGACUCAAGGUUAUGGAAUGACGGAAACUACGCUGGCUGUAGUUAGGACCUUAUUUCAAAAUGCCAAGCAGGGGAAGGCUGGCAGCGUCGGAUUAGUGACGCCUGGCACUGUCGCUAAGGUCGUCGAUAUCGAGACUCGAAAGCCGGUAGGUCCCAAUGUACACGGCGAAUUGUGCUUCAAGGGACCUCUAAUAAUGAAAGGUUAUAUCGGCAAAGAUAAGACGGACGAUUUUGACGACGAAGGCUUCUUUAAAACGGGCGACAUUGGCUACUACGAUGACGACAAAUACUUCUUUAUCGUCGACCGACUAAAGGAGCUCAUCAAGUAUAAAGCUUUUCAGGUACCACCAGCUGAAAUAGAAGCGUUGUUACUGCAACACGAGGCGGUGCAGGACGCUGGUGUGGUGGGCCUGAAGCACAAGGAGUCCGGAGAAGUGCCACUGGCGUUCGUGGUGAAGCGGCCAGGGAAAACGGUCACUGAGAAGGAAAUCCAGGCGUUCGUUGCGGAGAGGUUAUCAAACCCUAAACAUCUGCGUGGUGGGGUUCGUUUCGUCACUGCAAUACCCAAGAAUCCAAGUGGAAAGAUAUUGAGGAAGGAGCUCCGUAAAAUGGCAUCUAAAGCAGCGAGCAAACUGUAAUUUGUAAUCGACUUUGACAUUCUAGAUUCGUCUGUACUUUUACACGACUGCCCAAUAAAGGUGUAAUGUUCUUAGGUUUCAUGUUGCGCGUAAGUUUAUUACACCAUAAAGUCUAAACGCUUGAAUAGAUUUUUUUAAUGGUUGAUAAUGGUAUGGGAAUAUAGCACGAUGGUUUCCAAGGGGGACUACGUAGAGGUCGACCUGACGGGAUAUAUUGCUAGCAAUGGGACUGGUAGUCCGCAUUACUUACAAUCCCCCCCCAUCCCCAGCUUGAAUAGUUUUUAGAUUUUUUUUGUAUCGUUAGAUUUCCUACAUCAUGUCGAGUGACACUGGCUGUAUAUAUAUAAUUCAAUACUCGGGUGUGUCGAAUGUGACGCCAUUUGUUUUUUAAUAAAAGAGACUGAAAACUAUAUUUAAUACAAGCGAUCAACCCUGGCUUUUCAAGAGUAUAUAGGAAGUAAUAUAUAGUCUAUGUUACUCACUAAUAAUGUAGGCUACUUAUAGAAGAUUUUUUUUUAAAUGAUGAUUUAAAACAAUCAUACAUAAUUUUUUUUUAUUGGAUAUGGAUAUCAAAUCAAAAACCUUCAUUUGAAAGCACACAUUUGAAAACUGUUUGUUUACAUAAACUUUACAUAUAUGUAACUUAUUUACUUAGUAUUCAUUUGGCAGGGCAGUCGUGUAUUUCUAUUAAUUAGGCUUGUUGUGGUUGUUAACAUUAACAAUUUUGAUUUGCUCCCUGUCAAGGUUGUCCCAUAAGACUACAGUAUUCUUCAAUAAAAAUUGUAUCCCAUAAAAAAAUCAUUUAAGAUAAAACCAGCUAUUUUGAUUUAAAAACUAGAAUAUAGAACCGGUUUCGAAAAAAAUACUAAAUUAAAUUAAAAUAAUAUUAAUUCAAAUAAAUUGAUUCCAAUCUCUAAGUAUAUCCUUUAAAAUAAAAAAAAAAAUCUAAUCGGUUUAUAAUUGACGGAGUUUUAAGAUAAUAAACAUAAAAAAAAUACCGAAUUGAGUAUUUUUCAGGAGCGGUAACAUCAGGUGGGCCGUAUGCUUGCUUGUCACCUCAAAGAUAAUUCAUGUUUGUUUAUUUUAAACGACAUAAUGCAUUUAGAUACGGGUCAUUUGGAAACUCUUAAGAGUCACCGCAGAUAAGACUGUUAUCUGCUACAAUUAUAGAAUUAUUGCUAAAAUGAAGCACUAAGCCAGUAUCUUGUAUGAGAUGUAUGUGCAGUACACCUGGCAAGAUUUCCUCCGACAGCGGUUGGUUGCGUUUUCAAUCUGAGAUCAUCAAUAAUCGCUAAAAAUAAAGGUAAAUGCAGUAGCAGGAUCAGAACUGUGGAGCUGAUGAUCUUAAGUUUUUAUUUACAAUUACGCGUGGGUAGGUCUGACAUGCAAUCUCUCGUACUGAGUGAUGGAAUUACUAGCGUUAAGGUAGCUGGCUAAUAGCGGUAGGCAUUCGUACGUUGUUCACACCGGUCUUUUGAUAUGACCCGCUACAGAACUAUGCGACGCGUUAUCAAGGUGAGUUUGAUGACUGUUAGUAUUAUCUGCAGGUGAAGGCAUUAGCAGCGAAGGUAAGUAUCUGACGGAAUGAAGUGAACAGUAGCAGGAUGCAUAUAAAGCGGUGCAUACAUCGACGGCAACACUACUGCACUUGUGUGCGUGGGCACGUCACUUUGCGAUGUACAUACGGCGUGGACGACGUAGCAUGAGUAAUAGAUGUUGGCAGAACUUGAUGUGCAGCAUAGGCAUGCUAAUCAGGAGACAUAAGGUAAAUUAAUUGCUACUUGUGGACACGCAGUAAUUGUACUCUAUAGUGCGAGUGCAAACGCUGAAGCAGGUGCAGUAAGAGGCGACGGUAGCGCUGUACACGCCAAGUUCAACAGGUGGAACUGUAGUGACUGGCGGGCAUGACGGUAUGGUGCCCGCCUCAGCCACGUCACUAGAAGGCCGGAACACGCUGUUCAGCUGUGCCUGUGACGACAGGCGGUCGCGAGCAUUCCGUACUCACAACCGUAACAGAAACAGUUGGGUCAUCAUAGAAUUACCAGUUCUAAUUAAAACCAGCAAAUUAUUUUCAGUCAUAACACUAUUUGCUCUUGAUCGAGUAAUAACCAUCUUCAAGUUGACAAAAAUAAAUUUAAGUCCAUAACAACAGUAUUUUACGUUACACAAUGCGAUAUUUAAAAAAAAAAAAAAAACUAGAAACUUUAUAGUCAUUUCACACACGCACAUUUUA